AUGCCACGUCUAGUGCAGAAUGUGCCGUUGGUUUACAAGUUGUUGUCCUGCUGGGAUAGUAAGAAACAAUGCUUUCUCAUUAAGGAUCAGAUUUUACAAUUCACUGCCGAUGAAGUUGCUAUGAUUUUAGGAUUACCAAACAGAGGAAACAACUUUGAAAUUGGUAGUGCUAGAAUAACAGGUAAAUCAGCCAAUGAUAUUAGGAAGGAGGUGAUUAGUUUGGAUGAAUCUACAAAAAUGCCCGAUGUUUUGAAGAAAUUCAUCAUUUUUUUGCUGUCAAACUUAUUUUUUCCUCUGCACAACUAUCGAACACCAGCCUCUGUCAUCAGUGUGGCUCGAAAUGUUGAGAAAUUUUUAUCGUACAAUUGGCCGGAUUCAAUCAGAGAAUUCCUUGUUGCUGACUUUAACGCCAUUGCAAAAAAGAUGAAGAAAGGACAGCCACUCGGUUACCUGAAUGGAUUUGUUCAUAUUAUAAUUGUAUUAGUUCAGAUCUGGUUUCUUGAACAUUAUACACUCCACGAACCAUUGAACUCGAAGGCAAGACCAAGGUUUCUCCGCUGGGGAUCCGAUGUAGUUUAUAACGACGCAGAUGCAUCUAGUUUAUUAGAUGGUCUUGAAGUUGGUCAUUUAUUAACUUCUUUUGAUGCUAUAACAACUGAGGAGAGGGCUUUAUUAGCAAACACUCCAAAACAGACCCCACAGACUUCACCAGACAAAGUUCCUAACAAAGAUCUCAUCUUGCACACACCUCAUGAACAUCUUCAUACACCCCCAACAUCUCCUACACCCCAGAGUCCUCUAAGGCAAAGCACCCCGCCCCCAAGCCCAGUUCGGCCGCCCCCUAGCCCAAUCAGUCCUGUUGGACCAAGCACUCAAACACCUCCUAUGUCACAUACCCAGCAGCAGCAGCAGCAGCAACAUACUCCCCCACCUGAAGGACAACAGGAAUAUAUAGGUGAUUAUGUACAGAAGCUUUUAGAUCAAAAUAGAUUUUUAAGAAGUAGGUUAAUAACCUUGGAGACAACAAUGUCUCUGAAUGAAAGAAGAAUGGAGGCUCUUGAACAUUAUGUUUUUGAGCAGAGGGAGAUGAAUAAGAGAUUGGAAGCAAUGGAGAUGUUCUUAUCUGCUAACUUCCCUUCAUUCAACUCCUCAACUGCAGCAGUUCAUGUUCAAUCUUCAUCUAGGACUAUCAGUAAUGAAAUGAAGAAGGCUGAGUGUGCAGAGGUUAUUGCUGAAUAUAUGUUUGAAGACACCCAGCCAAUAAAGGAUUUUGUUGCCAAACCUGAAACAAGCAGCUCAGGCAUAGCCAAACGUGUGAGACAUCGGGCUGACCGUAGAGCUAAGGAGGUUAAGACACCAUACACCAAGGGUGAACAUAAGAGGAAGGUGUUAAAAAAAGCUGCUGCUAGGCCCUCCCCAGUUAAGUUAGAACUUACAAAAGCUGUGAUUGAAGUUGAUAGUCAAAGAUCACCUGCACCAAGGCCAGCUCCUACCAAAAUAGAAUAUCCUGGUCGACAAAUGAUAAGCGACGAUAUGAGGAUAUUUAUCGACGCUUGCCUAGAGAAAUAUACUGAUAUGUCAGAUACAAUUUAUACUGCAGGAAACAUCCAGAUUUUUAGAAGUCAGAUCGAUGAACUAUUAACAGACCAAUAUCUGGACGACAACCACAUCGACGCCUUCGCUAGUUUGCUGGCUGAGAAAAAUAAACUUCGACCUGGCCUUUAUCAACCAUUUAUUUAUAUUUCGAGUCUGCAUUGGGUAAUGGUGUAA